CAAGCAUAUGAUGCUUCAGAUUGAUGUAGGCAUCGAGUCUUAGAUCAGCUUAAGCGGCGUAUUAAUGGGAAAAUGAAGUUCUCUGCUACGAUUACUUUUCUCUUAAUGUUCGUACUUCAUAACGGAUAUAAAGCAAAAUGCGAAAUUGCUACAACAGGCAGUUUCUUUCAGAAAGUUGAAAAUGCAGAUGAAAAGCAACUAAAGAGCGAUGAAGUUUUCCUAACACCUCAGAUCUUCAAUUGCGAACGAAAAAAUACUUGUUUUCGUGUUGUUAGAGAGAAGACAAGUCAUAAUACAUACAGCAAUGCAGAGGAAAAAUCACUAGAAGGGCAUAGUUCUUAUGGUGAAUGGCAAAAGGUUACGGUGUUCAAAGACUGCAGGGACCUGUACGACAAUGGCAAAAGAGAAAGUGGCGUCUAUAACGUAACCAGACCAAACAAGCAAGUAUUGAAGGUUUACUGUGAUAUGGAAACAGACGGCGGAGGUUGGACUGUGAUACAGCGCCGUAAUGAUGGCUCAACCGACUUCAACCGUGGCUGGUCUGAUUACAAACAUGGAUUUGGCGAUGUUGAGAAAAAUAUGUGGAUCGGCUUAGAGAACAUGCACUCUCUUGCUGGUCUUAACUCUAACACAACUCUUCGCAUAGAACUAAAGCAUCGACUUAAAGGCGACGAGCUAUUCUUCGCAAAGUAUGGCAGCUUUAAGAUUGGCAACGAGACUGAUGGAUACCGUAUUAGAGUUUCUGGAUAUUCUGGGACAGCUGGUGAUGCUUUUAAAAUUCAAAAUGCUCAUUCAAUAACGAAAAAUAAUGGGAUGGAAUUCUCUACAAAGAACCGCGACAAUGAUCUUUCAAGUGAUAAUUGUGCAGAGAAAUAUAACGGUGGCUGGUGGUAUAACGCAUGUCACAGCUGUCAGCUUAAUGGGUUAUUACCGAGUACAGAUACAAACAGUCCUGGUUAUAUGUCAUGGAUAACCAUUGAUGGUAGCUAUGGCAGCAUCAAAUUUUCUGAAAUGAAGAUUAGACAUAACUGAACAGCGUCUUACGUUUGACUAUAGAAGCAACUUUAUUUGUGUACUUUUUCUUGGGGCAAUUGCGAUGAUAACUGAUAAUGUGUAACGGGAACAAAAAUAUUAAACAAUCUUCAGCAAAAUAAAUUUUACAUUUUUGAUGCGUAAAGGAAGCUUCUUGUGUCUUUUGUUGCUAUGUACACAAUUUAAUGCUGAGUAUGUACACGAAAUGAAUUUUUCGAUUGAAACGCUUAUACCCUUAUAAUUACCGCCCCUAAUUCCUUUACUUUUAUUUAUGAGAUUCAGUCAGAUCCAUUAUACUAGACAUAUCAAUUCAGGUACAUAUUUUCUAUCAAUCCAGUGUACCAUAUAAAGAUAUUUAUAUUGGUUAAAAAAGUCAAGACUGACAGGAGACUUCUACUCCACAACAAAGCUGUUACAAAGUAUUAUCAGUAACCCUAGCAGUGACGUCAUUGUAUGUCCAAAUUUACUAAUAAAAAUUGGAUAAUUGUCAAAACGAAUGUGCAGUGUACUUGUAAAAUACUUGAUACUGUGGUAAAAAUAUAAUAAAAAGGGCUGAAUAGUGUUGCAAAUACAGUGCAAAAAUUUAAGAUCAGGAAAAUAUUGAGAGGAAGCGCAAUUUCUUCCAAAAAAACAAUAUACAUCAAUAUUUUCAUGCUACUUUAUAUACGAUCGUUAUGAACAGUGGUGUAGCAAGAAAGCGGACGCCUCCCUCAAAUAGCAAAACAUAUCUUUGAUAAAGGGCGUGUUCUGGCGUUUAAGAGGGGUGUAUACCCCCAAUAUUCCCUGACCCAACUCGCCUUUGCCCCAAUCUUACAAUCCUGGCUACGCUACUGGUUAUGUACACUCUGAAUAUAUCUAUGAUACAGACAUUAUUUUAAAAUUUCAGUGAUGUACAUAAGAAUGGUUUUUUAAAAAAGAGAUCUAAUUUUGAUGUUAAUCUAGAAAUAUUGAUGUUAAACCUUUGCACAUGACUGCAUUGUGUAUCUAUAGGGAUACAGAUUCUAGGCGAUGAAGUACAUAUUGUAAUGAUUUCUCCUCCGUUCAAUAAAAAGAUAAAAUCUCAAGAAAGUAAGCAGGCUAGCUUAUAUCCUAACAUAAAGCAUGCGAGACUUUUGAAUAGGUUUAUCUGGCCUUUAUGUAAAAAGUGUAGUGACUGACUUAAGUGUAGAAACCUUCUUGUUGAAAUGUUUCUAAGAGAAAGACGAAUCGCUAAACUUGUCUUUACCUUUCUGGCAGUUUCACAAACAAGCUUCACCUUUGUUUUGAAAUCUAGUUUAACUAGUCUUUACGUCUUUAUGUUUAAUUUCAUUGUUUAUCAAUGAUGUUGGUUGUUGCUUUUUUGCAAUUAAUGGUAUUUACUUUAUUGUAGCUCAAAGUUCUAAAAAGAUUCGAGAUUUUUCAAGGCCUAGAAACCAUUUCAUUAUAACUAAGGAUAUUAACAUAGGUCACUUGAUAAGUAGGCCACUUAUGUUUGAGAUCUUCCGAUGAUUGUUGUACUGGAAAGCCUCGUCCGUUUUCUCUUGUCUUUUCUGCUAGAUAGUCAAAAAAGGUGAAACUCUUUUUUACAUCUACAUUGCGGUCAGUUGAGAAGAUGAUAAUGACCAUCUUUUGGUCAUGAAAUGAUAAAACGGAGGCAAAUUUAACGACAAUUUAUGAAAUAUUUUUUUAAUACAAUAUAGAUAUAAUUUUUUCUACGCCAUUGAACAUCUGACGCAAUGAAAGCUUUUUGUCUUAUUUUAUGCACCCUAUGUUCACCCUCAUGGUUACACAGAUUGUAAAUUUUUUUCUGAGGUUUUUUUGGGGCGCCAACAGCCAUAAUCUGUGCAAAAUGAAUGGAUAAGUCAAUGAACGUAAAAGAGGU